AUGCCGACAAACAACAUCACACAGGCGGUCGAUGAGAUUAUCGACUGGCUGAAAGAAGUUAUAUGUUUCAAUGACGGAUCGGAACUGGCAGAAAUUAUCCGUCGCGACGGACUGGAGACUUUGACCGACGAAGAAGCCGUGCAGCUUUUGUACCGCCAGUUCGAACGCGAAUUUGAUCGGUUGAAACGCGUCGAUUAUACACUUGAGCAGGGGGACGGGCAUCCUCUAAAGGGAACGUUAGAUGGGAAAGGCCUUACGCCGUCGCAGUUUCUUUUCGGUGAGGAUUUCGCCGAGAUAAACCGAACGGUGGUCAAUUUUCUCUCUUUAAAAUGGCUUCUGGAGGAUAACCGUCAGGCUUUUACGGCGCAUCAACCCAGCGUCGUGCAGCUGUCCCCAGCAACAUUCAAAAGCUUUCGCGACUUAGCACGGAGUAUCCUGAAAACCCCAGAUGAUAUAUUGGCCCUAGUUGUAUCAUUAGUACUAGGAGACGUGGGGAAAGAUCCUGAAUUAGAAAAGGAGAUUCAAAGGAAAGACGGCCAAAAGCCAAACCAUGACGAGGUCCUGGCCAGCGCAAUCAAGCUGCGUUUGUUUCGCAAGCCGCUGCGCUUACUCGCGCCGGACAAGCGGACGGAGGUGGUUCUAGGGGUGAAAGUUGGAGCAAAGCUGAACAUUCCCCAACUGACACAAGGUGAGAACGUCCCAGGGAGUCUGGAGAGUAUUCUCAUGCUGCAGGGACAAUCACAGGCAUUUAAGCUGAAGUACCUCGAGAUUAUGCUGGAUGUAUCGGGGGCAGGUGCUCAUGUUGACGCGCGUGGUGCUGUUCGCAUGAUCGAGCCGGUCUGCCAGUCCUUUUUGUCUGCCUACCCGGUAUUGGAGCAGGUUAUUUCCAAAAAGCUUUCAGUGCGUGACGCGUAUAACAAGGUCCUGCAAAAUCGAGGUCAGCUACUAUCUGACCAAGGCUUUCGUGCAUUAUCCACAAAUAACCGCAGCGAGCGGGCCUUCCUCCGCCUAUGUGCGAUGGGUAGAGUAGCGGAUAAACAUCUAGCUGAACUGUUUGAGAAAGCAUUCAUAGAUCUCCCGCAACCUAUACAAGAAGAGCUUAUCACAGGAUUGAACGUUGACGGAUGCAACGGCGAAGAUGCAGUAAUUCUGUACUACAUGCCCGCGAUAUUUGCGGAGGCAUUAAGGGUCACCCGUACUGCACCGGAUAUAAAGAAAGUCCAGGUGCUUCAGAGCCUCAUGUCAUUCAUGGCGCGCACAUACAAUGAUACAAAGCCAGUUGACGGGCAUCCCGGCGCCAUUCUGGAACGUGACGUGUCGCGGGCGAAGGACUAUAUACGCAAGGACGGUUUUAUCGACGAUCCCACCAUUUUGGAUCAAUGCGUUCUUCCAGUGGCGACAUGUUAA